UCCUGUCUAGUACAAUAUAAUCAGAUCCUCUCAGAGUCAAGCCCCUUUCCUUACUGAAGGCAGCCUGGAAUUGCUCUGCUUGUGUGUGUGUGUGAGAGAGAGAGAGACAGACUGAUUGUGAUUUUCCUGUGCAGUGCUGCUGUCUCCAUUCUGAGCCCAGCCAGGAGGGGAUAGAGAGCUCUCUGCACUAGAGUGGAGUUUGCCAUUUGCUGUGGGCUUCCUUGCCUUUUUGGCAUUUCUCCGCGGGCAGGGAGUCUUUGGGAGAAGAUGCUUUGGAGGGGCUGGAUCCUCUGAAGCCCCAUUACUUUUCUCUACUGGGUUUUGGUUUUGGUUGGAGGGGUUCUGCAGCCUUUCCAGCCCAGCUCUUGCCUUUCACGCUAUUGAACUAGGACUCCUCUGAUUUUUCUUUUUUUUCUGGACAGUUUUUUUCCCUCCCCUACCCCCCAGUUGAUUGUGAAAUUCAGUUUGGAUGGGCUUGAACCUUCUGCACCUUUUGGAUUCUGUUGCCUGACUGAGGAUCUCACCCCGGCUCUCAGCCGCUUGUUAUUAUUCAUAAUUCUUUUUGCUCCUUUCCUACCUGUUGGCUGGUGGCGGAGGAAGUUUCUGCACUUCUGGGUUUGCGAGGAUUUUGCCCUUCUCAGUCCCUCUGGAUUCCCUGCACUGUUGGGGAUGAGGAUGUUAUAAACUUCUAGAGGGGGUAGAUAUUUUUUUCUCCCCCUUGAUUUCCCUAUUUGGAGAGGAUACAGAUCUGAGGUGUUGAGCUCGACUUGCUCCUUGUUUUUUUCCCCCCCUUCUCUGUGGCGAUUGAGGGAAGAUCCCAGUUCUUUUUAGUAGCUGAUUUGCUGGGGCAAUCUGAAAUUUCUGUCCUCGGAGAGUGAUCUGUAUCGAUCUGCUGGCUUCCCUCAGAGUUUCUAGCCAAGGACCUUAUGGGAUUUUCCUUCAAUCUACUUCAUGUUCUAGGGUUUUGGUGGAGCUGGCCAUGAUGUUAUGGUUCCUGGUGGCUGCCCUCUUCCCAGCUGUGAUCCUGGCCGCGCCGCCCCCCAUUAACAAACUGGCCCUUUUCCCGGACAAGAGCGCGUGGUGCGAGGCGAAGAACAUCACCCAGAUUGUGGGGCACAGCGGCUGCGAGUCUAAGUCCAUCCAGAACAGGGCCUGCUUGGGACAGUGCUUCAGCUACAGCGUCCCCAACACCUUCCCUCAGUCUACAGAAUCCCUGGUGCACUGUGACUCCUGCAUGCCUGCACAAUCCAUGUGGGAAAUCGUGACGCUGGAUUGCCCGGGCAACGCCGAGAUCCCCCGAGUCGACAAGCUGGUGGAGAAGAUCCUCCGCUGCAGCUGCCAGGCCUGCGGGAAGGAGCCGAGCCACGAGGGGGCGCUGUUCAACGUCUACCUGAACGCAGAGGAGAACCUGCCCGCCGAGGGCCCCAGCCCCCAUCACUACGCCCACCACCAGCAGGAGGCGGAAGAGGCUCCCGUCUCCAACCGCCACCGCGAGGAGGAGGGGGGCGAGGAGUGACCCACGCCCUCCAGGACUGUCCGUCCUUCCAGCCUGCAGUGCAGACGGGGGGUGGUGCACGGGGGAGGGGGUGGGGCUGCGGGGUGUCUUACCUGUCUACUAACUACCCAUCAUGCUUUGCUCUUAGCGGCGCUGUGGGGUGGGCAAGAAUGUCCGAGGUGCAGACGGGGCUUGGGCUGACACGUGGGGAUGGGAGCGUGGGGGAUCUGAGCAAAUCUACUUGCACAUCAUAGUGAUAAUAUAUUGUCAGGGGGUGGGAGGUUAGGAGAGGGGCAGGACGGGACCCCUCGGGGGCGGAGGGUGGCACAGGCUGGCUCUGCAGGGUUUGGAACCGGGUUUCAGAGCCUCUUCUGCCUUCUCUUCCUUUUCCUCUGUAGUUUUAAUGGACUCUCGCUGGGGGACCAGCCUCUCUCUGCUCCACCCCCUGCUGCUCUCCUGGGAUGACUGUGAGGGUGAGCUAUCUCCCACAUCCUCCUGGGAGUGGGGCAUCCCCCCAGCCUCCUGGGGGUGUAGGGCUGGGGUGCGCUGCCUCUCUGUUGCUCCUAGGGGUGGGUGGUGUAGGGAGGCCCCAACACUGAGGCCUUGGCUAGGGGAUAGGAAGAUCUUUCGUUCUCCAUACCCAGAGGAACUCACUGAUUGAAACUGCACCCAGCUCUGGGUUCAGGCAGGUCUUGGUUCUCGCUUUGCCCCGAAUGUGACUCCGGGAGGGAAAUGGGGUUUUAUCCCCAGUGCUGGUUAUCCGCAGGACGGAGAUGGUGUGGGCCGGGUGCUGAGGGUGGGAGAAGAUGCAUGUGCAUGCUGGGGUCUGGGCCAGGAAUGACACGGUGGCCUAUGGGGGGCCGGGAGGGCUGGUGGAAGGGAGUGGAGGGUCUAGGGACUCUGCAUUUCUCCAGCACUCCCCUGCUCUGUAUUCUUUGGCUCCUAAUGGUCUUGCCCCAGAAAACAGGGUGUUGGCACCUGUUCAUGUCCCUGGGUUUAUUGAUGGACCCUGGCGCUCCCUCCCAUCCCUCGUCCUCUGGGGUGGGUCAAGGAGAAGCAGAGCCAGGGGCAGGAAGGACUCUCCUUGCUCUCUGCCUAGUCCGAGUCCACUGCAAACCCGGUGUGCACCCAGCCGAGAAGGAAGAGCUCCCUUGGGGGAAGGCAGGGCCUGCUGGGGAGUGUCAAGGGGCUUGCGGGAGGCCGAUAUCGCUCAGGGGAGAGGAGAAUCCAGGCACCACUGGCAUCUCCACGACUUGGGAAGGGUCAGUGCCUGGGAGAUAUUCAGCCCCUCAGAGUGGGAGCUGUAUGCUCACCAGCCUGAGUUGCUGGUUGCUCCCUUCCCAGGGGACCAGCCAGAACCGGGGCUCAAGGCCUAAUGCUUUACAAGUGGACCCAGAAACCUUCCUUCCUCUCCCCACUCCACCGCCCAGCCAAACCUGCUGCCAUAUUUGCGUCUGUUCCCAAUGGUUUUGUAAGGAGCUGUUGGGCACGGAGGGGCCUCUCUCUGCUCUGUCUGGCACUGGAGAGAGGGGCCCUUCUGCCUCGCCUGCCCUUGGAGCUCGUGUGCACCUUGCUCUCGUUCAUGGGAGGGAGUCAGGGUGCACCUGGGGAUCCUCGCUCAGGACAGAGCUUGGUUGUGCCAGCGACAGAUUGGGUGGCAUCCCUCUACCAGGGAGUCUGGGCAGAGCUGGGGCACAUGUCAUAGACUCUUCUCCAAUCUGCCCCUCCCGCCUUGGCUUCUCUGCAGCACUUUAACAAAUAGUGGAGGAAGGGGGUGAGUUGAUCUCCUUGACGGGAAUGGAACUUCGCUGGGAAUUGCUCCUUAUCUCCCCUUCACACUGCCGGGGAUUGGGAAGACGUUUAGUUGGGGACCUGGGGGCCAGCCCUGCCUGUCUCGCUAGCCACCUUCGCUCUGUUGUAUAAAGCUGAUCUCUUUGUUGCUGUUCUGACAAAAGCUUCCAGAGCUUGUCAUCAAUAUAUUUUUCCUUUUGACGGGAUUUUUUUCUUAAAUAAAUUAGUUUUCACUUC